AUAGCUUCCAUACAGUGUCUUAAAUGUAAGAGUUGAAGCAGCACUGGUCUACACACCAUUUUUAAAUUAGCAGGAUAGUGUUCCCCUUCUAUCUCUAUAAACACACUCUUACCCUAUUUUUGGCACUGCAGCACUCAUUCUCAAACUAAUACCCAUAACAAAAUACUGGAUUACAGUCCACGCAAGGUCAGUUUACUGUUACAUCCUUUUAAACGAACCUUUAAGACCAUGCAAUUGUGUGAACAUCUUGUUCUGAAAUACCCUCUAUUUGCCCUAAGAUAAAACCUAACAAACAGCCCUGUUUUAAUUCCUAAAAAGCUUUUGCUUAGAGCUAAACUUGGCCGUGAAAAGAUUCCAAUGGUCAACAGGGGGACAUUUCUUUUACCUACAUAACUUCAUUCCAAAUCGUUGACAUACGUCUAUUCAUAUCCUCGCCAGUCUUCUUUUGGAUGUCGUUUCGCCGCAAACUCUUCCAUUAGACUGUGAAAGGUCGUUUAACAUACUUCCCAAAUAACUUAGAGGUGAUAUAUAGCACACCACACUCUGCUGUCAACAUUGGGUUAGUCUGUGUACUCUUCGCUCCGAUCUGCCUGGAUACAGCCCCCUAAAUUCUUUUUUUCUCCCUUUGAGGUGUGUUGUGUUUAAUCAAGAAGGCGAGAUGUGCAUGCUCAACACAACACAGCAUAACACGGGAUAUGCUUUUAGUAGCCGAGGUAUCAACACUUGUUUCUAAGGUCAAGAUGAGGUAACCUUCCAGAGACAUGGGAGGAGCCUCGAAUCCUGCCGUCUCAUUAAAGACAAAUGGCCACCAGACGUGCUCAUUUUGUGGAUGACCUUUCCUGUCCAAAUUUGUGGACAUAUUCCCAGUCAGCCAGUGGUGCUCACUUGCAGACUCAGAUUCUGUAAAGCUUGUCUAUAAGACAGCUGGGAGACACUAGGAGGUGGAGAUUCACUCAGCUGUCCUCUGUGCUGCCGCCGUUCCUCCACGGAUCAAAUCGUGAUGAGCACUGCGCUGGAGAAGUCCUGUGAAUCCUUCAAGGCGGACAGGCGCCAGAAUGACCCAGAGGCGUGUCAGGAGCACGGGGAAAAGCUCACAUUGUUCUGCCUGGAGGACCUGGAGCCAAUCUGUGGUUUAUGUGGAAAGGCAGCAGCACACACUGGCCACAGGCUCUAUCCCAUUGGGGAAGGUGCUCAUGACUGUAAGGAGGAACUGAAGAGCGCGCUGCUGGCUUUAAAAGAGAAGUUGCAACUGUACAAGAAGUCGAACUUGGCCUGUGAGGAAAUGGCCGAACAUGUCAAGAACCAGGCUAAACAUACGGCAACUCAGAUCAGAGAAGAAUUUGAAGCACUUCACCUUUUCCUGAAGGAGCAGGAGGCUGCCAGACUUUCAGCUUUAAAGGCCGAAGAGGAGCAGAAGAAUCUGAUGGUUAACCAGAGGUUUGAGGAGAUGAAAAAUGAAAUUGUAGCUCUCUCAAACACCAUCAAAUUAGUGGAACAGGAGAUGAAAUCUCAAGAUAUCCCAUUUCUUAAGAAUUAUAAGGAAACAAUAAGGAAAACUUGGCGAACUUCUAUUGAUCCACAAAUUGCUGGUGCUCUGAUUGAUGUGGCCAAUCACUUGGGCUCUCUGAAAUAUAAAGUGUGGGAGAAGAUGAAGCGCAUAAUUAAAUACAAUCCUGUGAUUCUGGAUCCGAACACAGCGGCGAGCUGCUUCAUCCUCUCGGAGAACCUCACCGUCGUGCAGAACUCCACCCAGAUUUUCAAGCUGCCAGACAACCCAGAGCGCUUCGACAUAAGCGCCGAGAUGCUGGCCGCUGAGGGCUACACCUCUGGACGCCACAGCUGGGAUGUGGAGGUAAAGGACAACACCUACUGGGUGGUGGGAGUAGCCAGCGACUCCAUCAACAGGAAGGGCAAGCACGUACUGACGCCGGCGGAGGGAUUCUGGACGGUGCGGUUUCGCAACAGAGAGCACAAGGCCUGCACGGCACCAUGGGAGCCUCUGAACAUGACCAAGACGCCAGAAGUGAUACGCAUAGUUUUAGACAUGGACCGAGGCAAAGUGACCUUUUACGACCCCAGAGAGAGAACGCCUCUCUACGCCUUCAAAGAGGUCAUCACGCCCAGAGCCUUUCCCUACUUUUGCUCUGCCUGCAAAGAGCACCCACUGAAAAUCCUGCCCGCGAGGAUAUCCUUGUCAGUAGACUAAUUCACUCUGGAGACAUAUUGCCAAACAUUGUACGCAUUAAAAUGAUCUGAGGUGUUGCUCCAGCUUGUGGAGGUUCGAUCUGAUUGUCGUGACUUGCAGCACGACAUGACAAAACCACGAAUGACAUGAAACAAACAGACAUGUUUUUAAAUAUUUAAUUUGAGUUACAACCAAAAAAAUAGUAGUCUGUGAGAUCUGAAAUUGAAAAUCGAUGUAACACCAAUAUAUUACUACACUGAUAAGAUUUUGUUACAUAACAUGAGUCACCUCGGGUGACUCGGCUUUACAUGACACACAAUCACUACAGUGAUUUCAAUCUUUUGAGCUCCUCUCCAUGAGAAGCAUAACAAAAUGAAACAUAUCUGCCGUUUCAUAUAAGGCACAAACAGAAACAAAUUUUGUGUGUUUGCUAAAGUGUGCCAGUGUUGUACAGAGUUUCAAACAUGAAAAGUGAGAUUAAUUUAUCAUUGUAUCACAAGAGAGACUAUUAGUGUUUUAUCUAGUACUGCAUGCUGGAGUCUGGUCUUUCAGCCUCAUCCAACCACACAUCAGUAACUCCAUAGCGUCACACUCAAGUAUUGCCUAAAUUUACAAAGACUUUCAUAAAUGAGAAUAUACCCUGUAACAGAGUUUCACUUGAUGCGACGCCUUUCUGUCCUAAGCUCAAUGUUGUAACAUGUAUCCUACUUCAAUUGGGUUGUUGUGGGAGAUGCCCACUCGAUGUGCAGUGAUGUUGAAUGUAUUCUUGAGGUGUUCAUUUAAUAAUAAAAAGUUAUUAAAGGGAAUAAAUGCCUUCA